GAGCCUCGACCCCUCUAUCGACAAAGGUCGGAUGUUCUAGCGUCGCCCAAACUAUAUUGGGCGUGUCAAUGACUCGACCACAUCCUAGUCCAACUGGGAGCUAAAUGAUUUUCUCAUCAUAAAACAGCUUGAAAAAUUCGUCACGCCCCCAACGAGCUCGGGCCCGAGCAUCGCUAGUUUAUGACGCUGCUCUGCGCGAUCGAGGGACCAACGCAUGACGAAAACAUUUGUGCCUCGAGGGCCGGCAGACGCCAGACGCUGGCGCGUGCGCGGCCAAUUACAUGGGGAGGCUGCUGCGUUCCUGAGAACGAGAACACAAUGAUCUUGUGGUCGGUCUACUUGCGCCGUGAGACCUGCUGUGUUACUGGAGAGACAUCUUGUAAUGUGGCGGCCGCGAUAGACCUAGACAAGUCUCAUUCGACAUGGCUCAAAAGACCAUCCGGCAAAAAGACCAAGGGGUUCGCGUCGCGUCGUGUGGGAGGUAUGUUGUCCGAUGAGAAACUACCACGGAGAAGAGAGGUCCAUUUCCAUGGAGGGUGUUGGCCCGGGCAUCGAAGACAAAACAAAACACCCGGCGCACUCGCGCGGGGGAGAUGUGCAACAGACACCAUCUGUCCCUGGUCACGUAUCAAGAUAGAUCAGCGCAACGAGCACCGAGCACCGAGCUGAAGACAACAUCCAUCACCGCCAGUACCGGGCGGGUCAGUCAGGCCACGCUCGACGAAGAGAGAGCGGUGGACGGACGGACGUUGACAGUGGGAGGAUGGCGAUCGUUUCGAUAACAAGUUCCGGGGUACGAAGGAGCAAAGCCGCAAGCAAGAGCAUCAGUCAGCAUUACUGUUAGCA